AUGGUUUUACCGUCAUGUUCAAAUUCACAAUCGGACGAGACAGUAGGUAAAGAUCAUGUGUCCGUGAAAUCGAAGGUAAUCCGUAAAACGUUUCCAAAGAAGGCGAGAAAGUUGUCAAGAAGACGAAGAAAAGCCAAACGCAGAAGUGAGAAAUAUAUCAGAGAAAGAAAACAAAUGGCUUCUUUGGGUAAAGGACCUUACGAUUAUUAUUGGGGUAAUUAUUUUAGAUGUGUGAAAUGGGUGCAGAACCAUCAUGCGUCCUAUUGGAAAUCUCGUGCUCAAGCGCUUGAAUAUGAGAAUCAAAUGUUGCGAUCACUUAUUGAAAAUGGUUCAACAAGUCAUCCCAAUUUGGCAGCAAGAACUAUGCACACUCAUGAUUGUAGAAACAGCAUGCCUAUGACUGAUGUUCCUAAUCUCAGAGAGAAUACAUUUGAACAUGGAAAAUUCAAUUUUGAUUCUCCUGGAAGAGAUUUCACUAAUGGGAAAGUGAAUCCUUUGGACAACGAGACUGCUAAUGAUAGUGAAGAAUUUGAAUUUGAAGUUGAUGAUAAUAUGAUAGAAUUUUUCACUCAAAGCAUGAAGCAUAAGAUGGAAUUACAACGGGAGCGAAAUCAAGAUAAUGAUAAAGAUGCAAAUCUUGGGUGUGCGUGGGGUUCAUCAAGAUCGCAGAGAAGAAAAUCAAGUAAUGUAGAAACUAAAGAUGAUGAGUCUAGUUUUGAUGCAUGCAUGAUGGGACUUAGACGUGUAUUACCAACACACUGCUUUGAAGGAAAUGAAACUGUUGAAUCUAAGGAUUUAGAAGAUAUUUUGUUUCACAAAGCUCAGCGUGAAGAGAAGGAAAAACUUAAGAAGGAGUUAUUUGGAAAGUCUGCUUCUAAAAUCUUGGGAAUGGAAACUGCUGUGCAGCUUAAUUUUAGACAGUUUUGUGCUAAUAAGCAUCCUGUUACAUGGCCAAUAAUACCUUUGAAUAUGUGA